AUUUCCUCAAUUCGUUUAUUCUCUUUUCGGUGGUGUUGUGAAGUGGUUGUAUUUUAACUAGAUUUUUUUUCGGCUAAAGCAAGAGAAAAACUGGAAUCAAUAAUUCGCAAUUGAAGUAUUAUUUUUCAUACAUACAUAUAUAUUUGCAAAAUAAAUAUUAGUUUUAGUUAAAUAACAGAAUUUUCCAUAAAAAAACACAAGUAUUAAGAAAGUGUUGUAGCAAGAAGUAAAAAAAAAACAAUUUAUUGAAAAAAGAAAAGUUUAACCAAAAUGUCGGAACAAGAACACCAAGAUACCAAUGGAACUUCUAAUGGCGACGUGCCAGAAAUUGAAUUGAUUAUUAAGGCCUCAACUAUCGAUGGACGCCGCAAAGGAGCCUGUCUUUUCUGUCAAGAAUAUUUUAUGGAUUUAUAUCUAUUGGCCGAAUUGAAAACAAUAAGUCUUAAGGUAACAACAGUGGAUAUGCAAAAGCCACCACCAGAUUUUCGCACAAACUUUGAGGCCACACAUCCGCCAAUUCUAAUUGACAAUGGUUUGGCCAUCCUAGAAAAUGACAAAAUCGAAAGGCAUAUAAUGAAAAAUAUCCCCGGUGGAUAUAAUCUUUUUGUGCAGGACAAGGAAGUGGCCACUUUAAUUGAAAACUUGUAUGUCAAACUCAAGCUGAUGUUGGUCAAGAAGGAUGAAGCCAAAAACAAUGCUUUGUUGGCCCAUUUAAGGAAAAUCAAUGAUCAUUUGGUUAAUCGUAAUACACGUUUUCUCACUGGUGAUACUAUGUGUUGUUUUGAUUGUGAAUUGAUGCCACGUUUACAGCAUAUAAGAGUGGCUGGCAAAUAUUUCGUAGAUUUUGAAAUUCCAACACAUUAUACGGCUUUGUGGCGGUACAUGUAUCAUAUGUAUCAAUUAGAUGCCUUCACUCAAUCCUGCCCCGCUGAUCAGGAUAUUAUCAAUCACUACAAAUUGCAACAGAUGCUGAAAAUGAAGAAACAUGAAGAGCUGGAAACACCCACCUUCACUACAUCCAUUCCAAUUGAUAUUUCGGAAUAAGAUUGCUGCGUUGCGUUAGCCUUUUAAUGCCUGGCUAAUAAUACACCAUUUUGCAUACUUAUUUGUUUUUGGUUUAUUUUUUUUUUUUUUUUAUUUUUUAAACCCCACCCACUUUUUGAGUAGUGCAAACUUUAAUUUACAUGAUAAUGAUAAAACAUAUAUAAUA